AUGGGUCGCGAUCGGCGAGAAGGAUUGGAGAUCAAGGUGGUGAAUCCGCCGACGACAAACAAUGUGCCCGUGGAAACUUCUCCGGCGAAUCGUCGACGGAGGCAACGCACUUCGUUCGCGGAGUUUCGGCCGUUUAAGCUUUGGUUUCCGUGGCUGGUUCCAGCUAUCGUGGUGGCUAACAUUGUCCUCUUCGCCGUCUCGAUGUUCAUCAACAAUUGCCCUAAAAACUCGGCUCAUUGCUCAGCUAGAUUGGAGCAGAUGGGUGCUUUAGAUGUUACAAUGGUGAUUCAUAACCAUGAGGUGUGGCGCCUAUUCACUUGUAUAUGGCUACAUGCUGGGGUUUUCCAUGUCCUUGCCAACAUGUUGAGCCUUAUCUUCAUCGGUAUUCGACUCGAGCAAGAAUUUGGAUUUGUACGCAUUGGAUUGCUCUAUAUGAUAUCUGGAUUUGGUGGAAGUUUGUUAUCUUCUCUCUUUAACCGGGCUGGUAUCUCCGUUGGUGCCUCUGGAGCGUUGUUCGGUUUGCUCGGAGCUAUGCUCUCAGAGCUCCUCACUAACUGGACUAUAUACGCAAAUAAGUUUGCAGCUCUUUUGACACUCAUCUUCAUCAUAGCCAUUAACUUAGCAGUAGGUAUUCUUCCACACGUAGACAACUUUGCACAUCUUGGAGGAUUCACAUCAGGGUUUCUUCUAGGAUUUGUUUUCUUGAUCCGUCCUCAGUAUGGAUACUUCAACCAGAGGAACAAUCCUCGUGGAUUCGCUGCACCGUCUGCUAAAUCCAAACACAAGCCGUACCAAUACGUUCUCUGGAUCACCUCUCUUGUGCUUUUGAUUGCAGGAUACACCGUUGGACUCGUGGUGCUUCUCCGAGGAACGGAUUUGAACAAGCAUUGUUCUUGGUGCCAUUAUCUAAGCUGUAUUCCUACGUCGCUAUGGAGCUGUAAAUCUCAAAAUGUGUACUGUCAGUCGAGCCAAAUCGGGAAACAGAUGAACUUGACGUGUAUAGCUAACGGGAGAACAGAGAUGUAUAAGCUCGGUAGCGAUAACCAGUCUCAGAUCCAGGAGCUUUGUUCUCAGUUAUGCAGCUGA